AUGCAACCCCUCCUCGCUGUCCCGAUAAUCUCCCUCCUCCUACACCGCGCCUACUCGCGCAAAUCACUCACCCCCUUCGGCCUUGUCGUCGCAGGGCUCACGGCCAUCGCGCACGCGCUGAAUCCGUGGUCGCUGCCGCUGAUCCUCUUGCUUGUGUUCUAUGUUGGUGGGACGAAGGCUACCAAGGUCAAACACGACAUCAAAGCCCAACUCACCCUCAGCGCAACCGGCUCGCACGGCGGCGAGGGCGCCCGAACACACAAUCAGGUCCUCGCGAAUUCCGUCGUCGCGACGGUCCUCAGCCUCCUGCACGCAUGGGUCCUCCGGAAGAACGAGCAGAGCGGGAAUGAGCCGACGGCCGAAUGUUUCUCGAAUGGGCGGCAUGCGGCGGAUUUGCUUGUUGUCGGGAUUGUAGCAAACUACGCCUCCGUCGCAGCCGACACAUUCUCCUCAGAACUCGGCAUCCUCUCAAAAUCAACCCCCCGCCUGAUUACCUCGCCUACCUUCCGACCCGUUCCCCCGGGUACAAACGGCGGCGUGACGGCAACGGGUCUGAUCGCCGGCGUGUUCGGCGCAUUCACCAUCGCAUUCACAUCUGCGCUGCUACUUCCCUUCUGCACGGGCUUCACGCUGGAUUCGGUACCGGACCGCGCGGCGUGGAUUGUUGCCGUUACGAUCUGGGGCACGGGCGGGAGUUUGCUGGAUAGUGUUCUCGGUGGGGUUUUCCAGGCGAGUGUGGUGGAUAAGAGGAGUGGGAAGGUUGUUGAGGGGUCUGGUGGGAAGAAGGUGUUGAUCCACCCCUCCGCAACAACAUCCAGCAGCGCCGAAAGCGCCGCGGGGACUUCCUCCGAAACACCCGGUGCGCAGCUCCGGAAGACCGAAGCCGUCGCCAAUACCGCCGCGCUCAAGGGGACACGCGUCACGGGGACAUCGACCGGAUCGGACUCCGGCAAGGUAGAGGCGCACCACGAGAGCCGCCGCGUCGAGAGCGGGUGGGAUAUCUUGGAUAACAAUGGGGUCAACGUGCUCAUGGCGUUUCUUAUGAGUGUCGGUGCUAUGGGUGCUGCGGGCUAUGUUUGGGAUUUGUCUGUUUUGGAUGCGUUUGUUUGA